AUGCUUUCCUUUUCUAGACUCAUCACUGGCCGUGCUUCCGCCACCCUCACCUUCUUCCACAACUCAAACUCCAAGCUCUCCAACCACUUACUUUCCAGGCUUAUCAAGCACGACUCUCGUUACAUUUUGGAUGUCAGAACUAACAAGUUGCCACUGUACCGAACAUACUCGUACAUCCACGAAGAGUGUAUGAAUGUGCACCCUCAGAAUGCCAGAAGCUUUGAGAAGAUCUUUCCUGCGUUGUUGGCAUCGCCUGGCCAUCUGUUCUGUGAUGUUGCGGUCAAGAACGAGCUGAAGAAGAAGCAAUUUGUGCCUGACUUGGAUCUUGUUUCCGAGAACCAGUACUUGGAUCUGUUGGCUGAACACUCGGCCAAGGAGUUGACGCCGUUUGUGGUUGAUUGGAGUAAUCAGCUUGUAGCUGUUGAUGAUGAGGGCUUGGAUAGAAUCAUGCACAAUUACUACUCGUGUGGAAUGCAGAAGAGUAGCAUGAUUCAUGAGAAGUCUGACCUGGACGUAAUCUCUACAAAGUCUGCGCCUGUGGUGACGACCAACAAGUCGUCGGGUUUCACUCACCACCACCAGGCUGCUGCCAUGAUGUGUGCUGUGCAUCCUCAUGUGGCUGAAUUCGCUGACCUUUUCUAG